UUUAUUUGGCUAUUGGCUCGCAAUGACACCUACCACUUUAAAAAUAUGAACUAGGCCUUUUAUUUUGAAAUGUGACUCAUCGGCUAAACCGGAAGCUUUGUUGGUGGCUGAUGUUUCGGUUGUUUGUUUGAGCUCCCAGCCGAGCAAAUGACGGUCCACAACCUGUACAUUUUCGACCGCAAUGGCGCGUGCCUGCACUACAGCGAGUGGAACCGAAAGAAGCAGGCCGGCAUCUCCAAGGAGGAGGAAUUUAAGCUUAUGUAUGGGAUGCUGUUCUCCAUCCGGUCCUUUGUCAGCAAAAUGUCCCCUUUAGAUAUGAAGGAUGGCUUCUUGUCCUUCCAGACCAGUCGCUACAAGCUUCACUAUUAUGAGACGCCCACGGGGGUGAAGGUAGUGAUGAACACUGACCUUGGUGUUCCCAACUGUAGGGACGUCCUGCACCAGAUCUACAGUACGCUGUAUGUGGAGUACAUAGUGAAGAACCCCCUCUGUCCCCUGGGUGAGAGCCUGCGGAGUGAGCUCUUCAACAGCAGGCUGGAUUCCUUCAUCAAGGCACUGCCAUUCUUCAGUGCGAGGGCGGGCUGAGGGGAAGCGGCUUGGAUCAGGGUACUACUGGGGGAGGGAAAGGGUUAAAAUAAGAGAUGUGUGUGUGAGAGAGAGAGAGAGAGAGAGAGAGAGAGAGAGAGAGCCUAUAUCAACCACACACUCAAGACAAACGAAAGCAAACACAUUUCCUUCAACAACUGCUACAAAAACAACCAUACAGCCUAGAUCAACCACACACUCAAGGCAAACGAAAGCAAACACAUUACCUCCAACAACUCAUAGAGAAACAACUGUACAGCCUAUAUCAACCACAUACUCAAGACACACAUCUGACGUGGGACCAGAAGACAGAGCUGACUGGUGUCCAGUAGGAUUUUGGGGACGUGAAGAUGUGGGUAUUGUGGUGGUAGAACAUGUGGACAUUAAGACGAUGUGAAAAUGCACCGAGAUGCACUGUAUGUUCACCAGGACAAGGUCCCCGGGGGAGGGCGGAGGCUGUACAGAAGUAGAUGUCCGCUGUGUACUUCCGAAACGGCUGUCUCUGUGUCCUGCCCCCGAAGUGACAAUAAACAUGGAGUCUUUCUGUCUGUGAUUUCUUUUCUUCAUAAGCCAUCUUGCAUAGGAGACAUUUCAUACCUGGCUUUCCCGUUACCAUUUAUGUGUGUUGUUAAUUCAAUGCCGUUUUCUUCUUACAUUUGAUUGCUUGUCAGUCGAUUAGCUGAGGGAGCUUGUGUGGAAUGACCGGCUUUCAAUAAACUCUGCAUGUCCUAAUUUA